ACUGCUAUUAAAUGUUACUAACCUCCAUUUAACGAGACUGUACAAUUAUUGUAAGGAUCCUUUAAACGAAGAUAAAGAAUAUCAUUAAUAUUAAAAAUGAUAUUCUCUUUGCGUGUAAUAGGUAAAAAAAGUAUUCAUCAAUUUCGUCAAUUUCACAAAUGUAUCGUCGUUUGUCAAACAGAUGCAGCUCCAGCUGCAACGUCAAGACCAACAGAACCUUUAACUAUUCCAAUUCCAGAAGGUUUAGACAAACCGAUUAAUCCAAAAUUGGACAAAAUAGCUAACGAUAUAACUAGCCUCAAUCUUAUUGAGGUAAUGGAGCUAAGCAAUUUAUUAAAGAAACGAUUAAAUUUGCCCGAUGCUCCGAUCAUGCCUGUAGGAGGCUUCAUGGCUGCAGGAAAAUCAGAUGAAGUAGAGGAGGCACCGAAACAAGUAAAAUCUUCAUUUACCGUGAAGUUAAUUAAAUUCGAUGACAAACAGAAGGUACCUCUAAUCAAGGAGAUAAAGAAUUUGUUACCAAACACAAAUCUUGUACAGGCUAAGAAGUUUAUCGAAAGCGUACCGGUGGUUGUGAUGAAAGAUAUUUCACAAGACGAGGCAACUAAACUUAAGGAAUCUAUUGAAAAAGUUGGCGGAGAAAUAGAAAUUACGUAAUGUGUUACUCUACGUUAUAAUCAAACUGUAUGUAUUUUUUACAAAUAAAUUGUACAAAUCAUUUAUUUAAA